AUGGAACCAUUCUUUGUGAUUUUUCAACUUCCUUUUUACGAUUCUCUCUCUUCUCCGAUGAAAACCCUAGGUUGUAUUGACGAGGUAUCGGGCUGUGUGACAUUGGAGAAAUUGAAGAAAUUAAAGGUUUUGGCUGUUGGCUUCUGUGCUGAUGGAGUUAGAAGAGCUCUAGUGUUUGAAUACUUGCCAAAUCAGUCACUUGACAAGCUCAUUUUUCCGACAAGUUUCAAAGAUAAUAUCACCCUUACUUGGAAGAAGCUUCAUGAUAUUGCUAUGGGAAUAGCAAAAGGGCUAGAGUAUCUUCAUCAAGGAUGUGACCAACAAAUUCUUCAUUUCGAUAUCAAGCCUCAAAAUAUUCUGUUAGACCAUAACUUGAACCCCAAGAUCUCUGAUUUUGGUCUUGCCAAGUUAUGCUCUAAAGAGAAAAGUGUUGUCUCUAUGACUGAAGCUAGAGGAACCAUGGGUUAUAUUGCACCAGAAGUAUUGUCAAGCAAUUAUGGAAAAGCGUCUCAUAAAUCUGAUGUUUAUAGCUUUGGAAUGCUGCUUCUUGAAAUGGUUGGAGGGAGGAAGAAUUUUGAUGCAAAGGCGGAUACUAGCCAAAUGAAUUUUCCCGAGUGGAUUCAUCAGCGGCUGAAUCAAGGAGAAGAGUUAAAAAUCAGGAUUGAGGAAGAUGAUGAUAUCAUAAUUGUAAGAAAAUUGGCUAUUAUAGGAGUUUGGUGCAUCCAAUGGAAUGCGAUAGAUCGGCCAUCCAUCAAAGUUGUUACUCAAAUGCUAGAAGGAGAUGGGAGCAAUCUAACUGUUCCUCCUCCUUUUACAACAAGAAAUACCACUCACGUUGGCCCUUAUACGCAAGAGUUGACGGUAAUAUCAGAACUAGAAUGA